UUCAGUCAUGUUUCAAACGUUUACAAAAGAGAGGACAAUCUGCCUCAUUCACACUCGGAUGUACACAAAAUAAGAAUUGCGGUAGCAUACCAGUAUACACUAACGUGUCAAAGUUGAGCAGUGGUCAACUGAUACAAGAAUGUGAAGAAUGCUGCGGUGUUGAUCAAUGUAACAAAGAUCUAUGCAACCACAAAACCCCGCCCCCUUGCAGCGAUAAUAUGGAAAACUGCGCAUUCUGGAACAAAGAUUUUGACAUCUGUGAAGAUAUCCAUAAAGCUAAGUUACACUGUCGUAAAUUCUGCAAAUUGUGUGAUCUAGUUGACGGCAACUGGGCCGACUGGUCAUCGUGGUCAUCAUGUGACGUCACAUGCGGUCAUGGAAAACACACACGAAUCAGAACGUGCACCAACCCUGCACCUGCAUACAAAGGUCUGGAUUGUAAUGGAACCAACACGGACACAAAACCUUGUACUCGGCCAUUAUGUCCAGUUCAUGGAGGCUGGGCGGGAUGGUCAAGUUGGGAGUCAUGCCCUGUAACAUGCGAUAUAGGUAUACAGAAGAGACACCGUACAUGUACUAACCCUUCUCCUCUACGACAUGGCAACCAUUGCUUUGGUGAAUCCAUGGAUGUCAAACUAUGCAAGCAAAAACCAUGUGAUGACUCUAACGGAGGAUGGUCAGUAUGGAACAAAUGGAACAGCUGUAGCGUAUCUUGUGGAAGGGGAGUAAGAAUCAGGUCAAGGUCAUGCACAAAUCCAAAACCAGGAAUUCAUGGAAGAUCAUGUGUUGGUGAUCCCGUGCAACAAGACACCUGCAACAAUACUGACUGUCCGCAUGGUUCAAGUGUUGCUUUUAAUGCCUACUAUGUAACUGACUGCAGUCCAGCGAUAGGGCAAACUAUGAUUUUUUCUAAAGUACUAACAAAUGAAGGAGGGGCAUAUAACAAGGUCAAUGGUAUCUUCACUGCACCGAAAGAUGGAUUAUAUACCUUUUUCGCACAGAUGUGUAUUUAUUCGGGUCAUAGUAUGCAUUUUGAGAUAGUGGCAGGAACACAAGUUUUCGCAACAGCAUAUGCUUAUAGUUACAGAGGUUAUGAGUGUCCAUCGGCACAGGCGAUUGUACAGGCUAAAAAAGGUGACAAAGUGUUUGUCAAAUGGAACACAUGGUCAUAUUCUUCAACCGUCCUUGCCCAAGGUGUCUAUUACAGAAAUUCCUUCUCUGGAAAAUAUAAUCCGUAAUUGUUACAAUAACUGUACUGAUUUUCUUAUGAACUGAUAAACAUAAUAAAAAUCACAGUUAAUUAACUAAUUUAUUAGUGAUUUUAAUAUAUUACUUUUCAUUGUUAUUCAUGCUAAGCGACAUUUUUCUUUCGUUGUCACUUUUUUCAAAGAUUAAAAUAAAAUCAAUUGUUCUUACAACUCAAAAUUGGCCAAUUGUUCUGCAUUUACAUGUAUUUAUCUCAUAAUUUACUCUCAUGUGUGAUGUUUGGAAAGUGGCCAAUCGUUUUUUUUCUGUAAUUUAUACCUAUUUUGAUGAGCAGUGAUGUACAUUAAAAUUCCCAAAUAACUAUAAUCACAGUCUGAUUUAUUAUUUGCUGAUGUUCUUGGUUCCAAUAAAAUAUUAAAUACAAAUGACUUAGAAACUUUUUUUCUUUCAUUUCAAUUGUUAUCAUUCAUGUUAGAACUAAUUCAAAUGUCAUGUCUUUAUAAUUGGCAUAAACUAACGUUUAUCAGAUUGUGUGCUCUUAUCUAUAGUGAUAUGUAGUGUGUUUUUGAAAUUUUAAUUUUAAUACUUAUACAAAUUGUGUAAAAUUUAUGAAAUUGAAAAUGAAUAAAAACAAAGUAAUAUGUUGUUCUUGUUUACAAUUCGGUUAGUCUACACAAUGUGUACAACAAAGACAAACCAAUAACAGACAUGCAGUGAUAUAUGCGACUGUAAAAGGGUCACUACCUAUUUGUGUUGAAACGACAAAAUUAUACUGAAUCAUCAUAUAUAUCAAUUGUAUACAAAUUAUAUUUGUUGUGCCAAACUUA